AUGGUGAGCAUCCUUCUCAUCAAUAUGAAGGAUCGUUUCUCCUUCUUCAUUUUAUGCAUGGUAACAUUAUCCAGCUUCAGCAGUACUACAAAUGCAAGCUCGCCUUUAUAUGAUGUGAUGAAUUAUGGAGCUGUUGGUGAUGGAAAAACCGAUGAUUCUCAGGCAUUUCUGAAGGCAUGGAAUGAAGCCUGCAACGUUCAACAACAGCGUGCUACCCUUAAUGUACCAGCGAGGACAUUCUUAUUGAAUCCUAUCGAAUUUUCGGGUCCAUGUGUGCCCACUUCUAUCGAAUUUCAGGUAGCAGGAAAAAUUAUAGCAAGCACCAAUAAAUCCCUAUUUGACAACAAUCAUUGGAUCCUCUUCUCAUAUGUGAAGGGGCUUACUUUGACCGGAAGUGGAACUAUAGAUGGCCAAGGGGCAGGUUCAUGGCAAGACCGAACGGGAGUAGCUGCACUCAAGUUUUAUACUUGCCCGAACCUAGUACUUCAAGGAUUGACACAUAUCAAUCCUCAAAAGGCCCAUAUCAUUUUGACAAAAUGUGAUGGAGCAAACAUCAAUAGCAUCACUAUAACUGCACCUGAAGAUGCCCCUAACACGGAUGGUAUCGACAUUGCUAGCUCAAACCAUGUUCAAGUCCAGAACUCCAAAAUUGGAACAGGUGAUGACUGCAUUGCUAUUAGUGCAAGAUGUUCCUUUAUCAAUAUAACCGGCGUCACAUGUGGACCUGGCCAUGGUAUUAGCAUUGGAUCACUGGGAGAUCCUGGAUCAGGUGACUUCGACACGGUGUCAGAAGUACAUGUGCGAAGUUGUAAUUUUACAGGAACCAACACUACUGGAAUUAGGAUCAAGACAUGGCAGGGAGGGCAGGGAGAAGUAAAGAAAAUAACAUAUGAAGACAUUAUGUUUGACAAUGUCCGCUACCCAAUUGUCAUUGAUCAAUUUUAUUGUCCUCACAACGUCUGCAAAAACAAUACCGGUACCAGUGCAGUGGCAAUAAGCGAUGUAUCAUACACCGGAAUAAUUGGGACGUCAAGUGGAGACGAGGUGAUGUCUUUGAAUUGUGGUACCGAAAGUUCAUGCAACAAUAUUGUGCUUGAUGAUGUCCACUUAAAGACCUCAGAUCCAACGAAGACGGCUUUUGUUCGUUGUGUCAAUUUUAAUGGAAUAGCAUCGAAUGUAGAGCCUUCCCUUGACCAAUGCCUGAACUCCUGAGCAACCAUUGAUUUAGAACUCCAUAGACGUAAAGAGUUAUUUUAUUUUAGA